CAGGUGGCGCUGGGUGGCUGGUUGGCUUGCGGCUGGCUGGCUACAGUGUUUUGGUCAGCACUAGUCAGACUUGUCCCACACACUCUAUAAAGCAGUAAAAACAUGUGUCUGGGUGGCUGGUUGGCUUGCGGCUAGCUGGCUACAGUGUUUUGGUCAGCACUAGUCAGUCUUGUCCUACACACUCUAUUAACCAGUGUUUCCAUAUUCCCGGCACCUUCUCCCUGCAUCGAGCACCGCCAAGCAGCAUCAGAGAGGCACGAGUACGCAAGGAGUUGCCGAUCCAAAGGCCUGGCUCAGGAGUGAUCCUGUGCCACCUGUACCAUCAAGAUCAAGAUCAAGAUGUCAGUCAGAGUGUCCGUGCCCCUAUGUAUUUCCCUUCUACUGCCCCUGUGUGUGGUGUACUGUACGGGAGGUACCGUGUGUUGACCUUCGGAUUGAUGUGGUAGGGGAGUAAGGCAGCACAAGGGAUGAAGACAAGGGUUGGGGAAGAUGACGAACAGCGGAAAAUUUGACGCCUUGACCAAACAGCUAAUCACUCAUCUGCUGGGCUUUAAGGAGGAUGAAGAAAACUUCAUUCGGAGUGAGCAGUUUGUGUUGUCCAACCUGCUGUACCACCACUGCCUGGCAGUGAACAGUCAUGCUGUGCGACGCUCCAUCGAUGGCCUAGCUCUCAAGUUUACCGUCCAUGGCCAGCACCAGCGCGCUGCUCGCCUCAAGGAUCUCACGCACAAGUUUCUGGCCUCUCCAAUCUUUAAGGACCAUCAUGAGACAGACCUUGAGUGGUCCCUGCUGUCUCUGCUGCUGCACCUGAGCAACAGCCCCACCCAGGUGCCUCUAGAGGAGGGGGAGGUACAGCUGCCACAGACACCGCUAGAUGAGGGCAGACAGGAGGAGCUGGACUGGGCAGCCUACCUAAGGGAGGAUGACCCAGACUAUGUGCUUGGGCCUGAGGAGCCCCUCUCUGAUUGGUCAGAUGAUGAUGACUGUGAGGGCUGUGCUGGCAAGGAUCCCCCUGGAGAGCAGCUAUACACACACAGCUCCACUCCACCUUCCCUUCCUGAGGAUCCUCUCACUGCAAAGCCUCCACUGCCGGGCCUCAAAACUCUGGAGCAGCUGCAUCGUGCCAAGUCAUGGUUGUCAGCUAAGACCCACCUGCAGUACUGGGGACCGAAACAACCACAGGAACUGCCUGCCUCUGACCACCCCAUGGCCAAUAUUGCCAAGCUUUGUGAAGGUGGCAGUGGUAUCCACAGGCAGUGCCAGCAGCUGAGUGAGUGGGCAGUGAUGAGGGAGGUGGUAUGGAGCCUCAUGUGUCCUGUGUCGUCACAUGUGUUCGUCACCAACCAGAAGGGGCAGUUCAGUGUGAGGAGAGGCAUCACCCUGUCCAGCCUCACUCCUGCAGCAUCUAGAAGCAUGCUGGAGUAUGUUUGUGAGCCUCUGAUGCACCUGCAUGUGCUUGAUGCCUUCAUGCACAACCAUAAAACCCCACGCUUGGAGCCCCCAACCCCCUUCACUGUGCUGGCCUAUGCCUCUGGGCUGUGGCACUGGAGACAGGCCUUCCACCACCACCUGAAGGGCUUGGAGGAUGCCAUCAAAGACCAGGAAAGUACACACACCCUGCUUUGGCUGGAGGGGGAGCUGCUCCCUUGGCUACGCACUCUAGCUGUCCUGUUUGGUGUCCACAUGAAGGCCUUUGCUCUGCCACCUGAGGCCAGUCCCAGGACUGUGGCCAUGAGGUUGCUGGGAAGUCUGUGUGAGAGUGUGGAGGGAGCAGGCGAAGCAGGAGUGCGGGGUGUACUGCUGAGGCUGCUGCUGCAUACCUUGCGCUCUUACCUGUCCAUCAUGCACUCCUGGCUGAUGCAUGGCUCUCUCCUUGACCAUGCCCAGGAGUUCAUUGUUCACAGAGAUGAGUCAGUGACAGUUUAUGAUGAAAGGUUCUGGCACAAAGCUUUCAUUUUGAGCUUUGAGAAUGAUGACCUGAAUCAGAACAGAGACACGAGAAAUCCUGUAAUGGCAAUAAUGAAGAUUCUGUCUCCCUUGCUGGCCAUCCUGACAUCUGUUGGCAAGUCACAGGAGCUUCUGGCUGCCUUGGGUGCCCCACCAGUGGCCUUGCAGAGCCACCUUAAGGGCCACACUGAUUGUUCUCUGGAGGAGGUGGUUGUCAGAUACAUCAAAGGCACAGUGUGUAGUCCCCCCAAAGAGAGUGAAAGAGAGCUGCCAGAAGACAGUGAGAGGGGACAGGAGGACAGCACCAAGGGAAAGGUGAAGGAGAGUGCUGCCAGGAACAGCACCGUGCUGGCGUCCGAAUAUGGCGGACUGGAUCCUCUGAUGUGGGCUGCCUUCAAUGAGACACCACAGGAUAACUCAGUGAAGGAAACUCAGCUUAAUGUGGACCAUAUAGCCAGCCUGAUUGAAGAGAUCGGGGACAUCCCCACUGGUGUGUCAGUGGUGUUCCUCCUCACCUCUGCCCUCCAGCCCUUGGUGCGGAGGCGGCAGGAGGAGCUGAGUACUAAGCUGACCCGGGUACUUCUGGAGGAGCACCAGCUUGCCAUCCACUGCCAGGUCGUGCGCUCUGUACUGCUCAUGGAAGCUGGGGAUGUCAUGCAUGAAUUUUACUCACACCUCUUUUCCAAGAUGGACGCUGGUGGUGAGGGAAUUGACAGCAUUAGCCUGACUCUCCUCCUGCAGUACUGUGUUGCUCGCCUCUAUCCUGAUCUUGCCCAGUUCUUCUCAGUUUCCCUCCUGCUGCAGAGGAACGCAGAAGAACAAGCCUCAGAUAGCAGUCAGCCCAGCUUGGUGAAGAGUGACAGAGUCUUGCCGAUUGAGGAACAUGAGAGGCUGGGCAAAAGGACUCAAAAGAUACAUGACUCAAAACACUUCCAAAAGAGUGCUUCUUCAAAGAUGUCUUUAACGAGGGCUGGGGUACCUGAAUUACAGAUCUGUUACCAGGCACCAUGGCCAGCCAAUCUGUUGCUAACGGAACCUGUCUUGAAGAAAUUCAACAAGCUGUUCAACUUUAGUCUGAGCCUCAAGAGAGUUACAAAUGGCUUAGAAAGACUCAAGUUCAAAGAACUAAGCAGCUGGAAUUUAAUCCUGGGUCAUGAGGCUGAAGAGAGUAGCACAGAGGGCCCCCAGAUGCCCCUGCAGUCUCGCCUUCACCGACUACAGCUGCUCCGCCAGUGGCUGCUCUGCUUCUCCCGGGAGCUGCACGACCACUUUGCCAACACUGCCUUCUUGCCUUUCUAUCAGGCAGUGGAGCAGCUCAUCCUGGCAGCACCUUCACUCAACACUAUUAUUACAGAGCACGAAAAGCUGCUCAACAAAAUUUCCUCUGAAUGUCUGAUGGGCAGAGAUGAAAAAAUACUUCCUUUACAAGUAGUAUUGAACAAGGUGUUCUGGCUCACACAGCAACUCAGUCACCUGUGGCUGGGAGAUGUGAGUAGGGUGAAUGUUGAGGAGAUCACCAAUCUGGAAACUCACUAUGCUCAGGUGCAUCGCUACCUGGUGAACUUCCUCACCACGCUGGUGUCCCACAGCUUUUCUCCUCAUUUGGAGGGACUGACACGCACACUGGUAGACACUGUGCCUCUGCUCACCCAUCAGUAGUUAGCCACUCAGCAGGUCAUGAGAAGGAAGAGUAACAAGAUUUGAGAUGGCUGUGGGUGACGUGUCCUUGGUAGGAUGAAGCAUUCUCAGUGUCACCAAGAGAUAGCCACUAUCUCCUCUAAAACUGGAGUUAAUGAUCUUGUUGCAUGUCAGGCCUGGGCUAAAUACAAUAAAUUUUUGUCUAUCCAAAGUACUAAAUAAAUGUGAUUAUUUUGUA